GUCCAUCUCGACCUCUGCCUUAACACAUAUCUUCUUCUCGUCCGUCUUAGACAUAAUCAAACAUGUCUCUCGGACCAGAUGCCGCAGCAAUGAGAAAGGCUGCUCUAGAACAGCUCAAGUUCAAGAAGACUCAGAAACUACAGAACGCGUCUUCUAGUCACUCAGUAUCUCCAGCGCCGCCGUCGUGGACCAACGGAGGCGACGCGGUGGUCGCGCCGCCUCUCCAGUCGCGGGACGCGACAGCCACAUCGCGCUACUUUCCCGUACAGCCAUCGUCCUCUGGCACUAUCCUCGUUCCUAGCUCAAGCCCUCUGCGCUCCGAUUCCGUUAUCGACGCCAGCAACGCCGCAAGCGCAUGGAACCUCUUCGAUGACGACGUGCCCGGGCUGACACGCACGGAGGCGCAAGCCCGCCCUUCCGCGCCCUUAGCCGAUCCGCUCACGGCGCCGAGUGGCUUUCGACUGCCCCCAGGCGUGUCUAACGCGUCCUCCGCGCGUCCAUCGGCGGCGAAUAGUAGGAAGAUAUCGGAGACGGAGGAUGCGGAUGAAGGGGACAGACCUCGUAAGCGUUUGAAUAUAGGCCCCACUGCCUCACAAGACCCCAUCGACCUCCUCUCCUCGAGCCCGCCGGAGUCGCACAGGACUGGUCAACGCCUCCCCGGAGCUGACACGUCACUGUCCUCCUUAUCGUCCGACGACUCUUUCCCGGACGCGCACGCCUUUACCAAUGGUGCGUCGAAGCCUCGGAUCGUCCGCGACCUGCCCCGGUCUGCGGAACAGAAGCCCCCACCUUCGUCUUCGCCACCACAACCGUCUGCCGAUGAAGGUCGCUUUACCCGUUUCCGCCUCACUCAGAUCGAGCACGACACCGACGUUGUGCGUGCAGCGUGGACGGAGGCUGCUGGGGACGUUCCUAAGGCAUCCGCCUUGCUCAACGACCCUACUUGGAAACCGAAGGCCAAGACUCCGCCGCCGAGGGACCCGGUGCCGGCAACCGAAACUGGCCGGGUCAAGGAGGUCGUGGAGGCCACGAAGGCGCAACGGCUCGCGGCGAAGGAGAAGGGCAAGAAGUCGCUGAUCUACAAGAACCGUGUCGUCUCGGACGGGAAGCCUACCAGCGCUGCUGGACCAUCGACCCCGCCGCCUUCGUCCAAAGUGACCCCCAUGGUCGUUGACACGCCUAUGAGUCCGGAGGUGCUCAAGCCUCGGGCGAAACGGCUGCGGAAGAAGGUCGUCGACUCGGACUCGGAGCCCGAGUACGUCGAAAGCGACAAUGAGACUCUGCCUCAGGCGUCUCGUGGUGGUAUUUCGGAUGAGCAGCGCACGCUGGACUACUUCAACGAGACCUCGGCGGAAGGCUUGCAGGAGCUGACUGGGUGCACUCCGGUGCAGGCACAGAAGAUCACAGAGCUUCGACCCUUCCAGUCCGUCGAAGACCUUAACGCGAAGCUGGGGCAGGGCAGGAAGAAGGCUGGCCCGGCCGGGAUCAGCCCACGCAUGUUCGAGGACUGCGCAGCGAUCUUCGAAGGGUACGGCAAAGUCGACAGCAUCCUCGAAGACUGCGAGGGCAUCGGUGCCGAGCUUCGCAAGGAGAUCGCGAGCUGGACGGCUAACAAGUCCAAGGGAAAGGCGCGCGACAUCCCCGACCCCUCGCGUGACUCGUCUGUUUCCGCAGAGGAGGGCGCUAUUAGCUUCACGCAUCUGGAGUUGCCGGAGCAUAAGCCGAAGUACUUCAUGACCGUACAGUCGGCGCUGCUCAAGCCCAGCGUCAAGCUGAAGGAGUACCAAAUGAUCGGAGUCAACUGGCUGAGCCUCCUGUAUCAGAAGGGGUUGAGUUGUAUCCUCGCCGACGAGAUGGGGCUGGGGAAGACUGUACAAGUGAUCAGCUUCUUUGCGCACCUCAAAGAGAGGGGUCGCGAGGGCCCUCAUCUCAUUGUUGUUCCCUCCUCUACCUUGGAGAACUGGUGUCGAGAAUUCCAGAAGUUCGCAGGUGACAGCAUGAACGUCGAGACGUAUUACGCCGACAAGGGCGACCGACCGAAGCUCCGUGAUAUGCUGAACAACAACGUGGCUACGAGGAAGCCAGGCGGGUGGAACGUCCUCAUCACGACCUACAACCUCGCCCAGGGCGACGAUCAUGACCGCAAGUUCUUCCGCAGGAUCGAGUGGGAUACGUGCGUGUUCGACGAAGGCCAUGUCUUGAAGAACUUCCAGUCGCAGCGCUACCAGGCGCUCCUGAAGUACAAGUCGCGGUGGCGGCUGCUGCUGACUGGCACGCCGCUGCAAAACAACCUUCAGGAGUUGGUGUCGUUGAUGAACUUCAUCCUGCCCGACCAAUUCGCGGAUGACCUCGACUCGCUGCGGGCGGUGUUCAAGACCAAAGGCGACUCCAAAGUCACGCUACUUGCCCAGCAGCGCGUUUCGCGGGCGAAGAAAAUGAUGACGCCUUUCGUCCUCCGGCGGCGCAAAGAUCAGGUGCUCCAAGACCUGCCAAAGAAGACGGAGCGCAUCGAGUGGUGCGACAUGACGCCGCUCCAGAAGUCGAUCUACAACGACGCGCUCCAGCGCUCCCGCAAGACGAUCUUCGACCUCGAGAAGGAUGGCGCAGAGACCCCGGACGCGCCGGCGGCUAACGGCCGUGCGAAGGCGGCGCCGAAAAAGAAGACACGCGCGACGACGCGGACGAAGGACAAGAUGUACCUCGAGAACAGUGCGAACGUGCUUAUGGACCUACGCAAGGCGGCGUCGCAUCCGAUGCUGUUCCGGAGGCGAUUCACAGACGACACAUUGAACUCUAUCACGAAGCUUUUGUUGAAGGAGCCGGACUUCAAGAGGCGGGGAGCGGUGUUCGAAUUUGUGAAGGAGGAUAUGGAGGUCAUGACGGAUGCCGAGCUGCAGGUGUUCUGUGCCACGUACAAGUCAUUGCGGAGGUUCGUGCAGGACGAGGACUGCUAUUUGCAGGCAGGAAAGAUCAAGGUCCUGCUCAAGCUGCUCGACCAGUACAAGGAGGAGGGCAGGCGGAUAUUAAUCUUCUCUCAGUUCACCCAAAUCCUCGACAUCAUCCAGAGAGUGCUUGACCACCGGAAAACCAAGUACCUCGUCUUGACCGGCUCCACGCCCGUCGACGUCCGCCAGACGUUGGUCGAUGAAUUCACGGAGGACGAGAGCAUCCCCGUCUUCCUCCUCUCUACGAAGGCUGGAGGCAUGGGCAUCAACUUGACGGCCGCUAGCGUCGUGAUCAUGUUCGACCAAGAUUUCAACCCGCACAACGACAAGCAAGCGCAGGACCGUGCCUACCGUAUCGGUCAGAAGCGUGAUGUUGACGUAGUGAAGCUGAUCACGAAGGGCUCGAUCGAGGAGGACAUGCUGGCGUUGGGCAUGACGAAGCUGGCUCUGGACGAGGCGGUCGCAGGCGAAGAUGCGGAGGAGCGCGUCGAGCGAGACAUGAAGGUGUCGCUCAUGAACGCGGUGCGGCGGAAGCUGGUCACCGCCGAGGAUGCGGACACGAAGACUGAGGCCGAGGACGUAGAAAUGAAGGUGGAGACACCCGCCAAGGACGAUUAGACAGCACACAUCUCGAGAUUUGGAGUCCGUAGUACACUAUACCCGCGCGCGCAGCCGCACUGGUAAUUUCUCGCAUAGCUAUCGUCUGUAUCUAUCGCAUGUACUGUAGCGUCGUCUUGGAUCCUUGCUAUCGAUUCCGCGCUGCGUUUUG